AGCUCAGGCAGUCUCCUGUGGUGACUGACCGAAGUGGCAGGCAGAGCUUAUUGUGCGAAUGAUGCAGUCUCAGGUGAGACAGAACUUUCACCCCGACAGCGAGACAGCCAUCAACAAAGUCAUCGGCCUCGAGUACUACACAUCAUACGUGUACCUUGCCAUGUCUUUCUAUUUUGAACGGGAUGAUGUUGCACUGGAGAACUUUGCAAAGUUUUUCCACAAGUUGUCGGAAGUCGAACGUAAGCAUGCUGAAGAGCUGAUCAAAUAUCAGAAGGAAAGAGGGGGUCGAAUCCAGCUGGAGAGUAUCGAGAAACCGGAAAGGCAAGAGUGGAGGAACGGGCUGGAAGCCACUCAGUACGCACUCGAAUUACAGAAAAUCAUCAACGAGUCUCUCCUAGACCUGCAUCACCUGGCUUCCGAUAAGCAGGACCCUCAGAUGUGUGGUUUCCUCGAAUCCAAUUUCUUGACCAGCGGCGUGGAAAUCAUGAAGAAGCUGGGAGAUCACAUCACAACCCUCAAGAAGUUGAGCAAGGGGCAGAUGAGCGGCAUGGGCGAGUACCUGGUGAAUAAACACACCCUUCCAUGAAGGGGUUUGACUGUGAGAACGCCGGGUCUCUCUCUGUAACCUCCCUCCCUCAUGGGCAGGGUUGAGUAUCAAAAUAUUUUACACUGAAUGUCCAGGUUGGUAAAGAAAUGCGAACUGGAGGGAAAUGUUUGUCCCAGGAGCAAGACUGUCGAUAUUAAGUAAUAAAUAACUUUACAGAAAA